AAAAAUAAAAGAGGACCGCUACAUGUUCUACUAUUCUUGACAUAGUCUAGAGUAUGUAAUGUGACUUCAAAUGAUUACUUAUAAAUUUAAAUUUUUAUUUAUAAAAUGAAACUUGAUCAUAAAAUACCUUAAAGAGUAAACUCAUUUUUUAUUAUAAAUAAUUUAACUUUUUUUAAUACGGUUGUGCUAUAUUAUAUAUUAUAAGUUAUAAACUCUAUUAAAAAUGGGACGCAAAACACCAAGUAGCAAUUCCUCAAACAAAAAAACCUUAAGCAAGAAAGGGAAACCUCCAAAGGAAGAAAAGGAGCUCUUUGAAGCUGUAGACUCUCUGUUGAGAUUGACAACUUUACCUCUACAUAACAGCUUGAGCCAGUCUCUGGAAUGCCAAAAACAAAUCUCAAAUUUGUUGGAUAGAAUCAAAUUUUUGGAGGAUAAACUAGCAAAGAAAAAUAAGUCUACACUAGGUCAUGUAGAAAAAUAUCAGGAUCGUAAUAGUAAAGAAGCUCUAAUCAAGUUUAACACCUGGUUGAAAGAACAUGGAGCAGAGCUUCAUGGAUGUUCCAUCUCAAACUUUGAAGGGUAUGACUUGGGUAUUAAGGUUGAGCAAGAAAUUCCACAAAGCACUUUAGUAAUAGCUGUUCCCAGAAAACUUAUGAUGUCAAAUGAAACUGUUAAAGACAGUAUCGUACAGGACCUUGUAGAAAAGGUGGAAAUUCUAAAAAACAUGCCAAAUGUUCUUCUGACAGUAUACCUUCUAGUAGAAAAACUAAAAAAUGAUUCUUUUUGGAAGCCAUAUAUAGAUAUUCUUCCAAAAUCUUACAAUACAGUUUUAUAUUUUACAAUGAGUGAGCUUGAGGAGUUAAAAGGAAGCCCAACAUUAGAAGUUGCUUUGAAACAGAUCAAAAGUAUUGUAAGGCAGUAUGCUUACUUUCACAAGUUGUUUUGGGGUUCAGAUGAUCCUGUAAGUGAGUUGAUGAGAAAUAGAUUUACUUUUAAUGAAUACUGUUGGGCGGUAUCCACUGUGAUGACCAGACAAAAUAUGAUACCUUCAGAAGAUGGCAGUACCAUGAUUAAUGCUCUUAUUCCUCUUUGGGAUUUAUGUAAUCACACAAACGGCACUAUAUCAACGGAUUACAAUCCUCAACUCAAACGAAGUGAAUGUCUUGCAUUUAGGGACUUCCAAGCAGGAGAGCAGCUAUUUAUUUAUUAUGGCGCUCGUACAAACGCGGAUUUUUUUAUUCAUAACGGAUUUGUCUAUGAAGAGAAUGAAAAUGACAUUUAUUGGAUUCGACUUGGAGUGAGCAAAUCUGACUCCUUAGAGGAAAAACGUAGGGAACUGUUAAAAAAGUUAGGAAUAUGGAGCAUAGCCGAGUAUUCGAUUAAAAAGGGAUCUAGACCGGUAGAUGGCAGACUUCUGGCUUUCUUAAGAGUAUUUAAUAUGAAUGAAGAUCAGUUAGACCACUGGAUCCAAUCAGAGAAGUGUUCUGAUCUCCAAUAUCCAGAAUGCGCCCUGGAUACAACAUUGGAAAGAAAGUCCUGGACCUUUUUAAAGGCUCGUCUUACCUUACUUUUAGCCUCUUACAAAACCAGCUUAGAAGAAGAUCAAAUGUUAGUUAAAGAUAAGAUUUCUGAUAAUUUAAAAAUGGCUAUCAAAAUGAGACUGACGGAGAAGAAACUUUUAAAAAAUUGCUUAGAGUACGUUGAGGAUAUGAUAAGGAAAUAGCAUAAGGUAUAUUGUAUAAGGGUUGCACACGAGAGUCUGCUUAAGACAAAUUAUAAAUGUCAAUGGCUCUACGUGUAAGCAUCUUUUAAUAACUUAUGUUAGAGUUUAACUAUGCAGUAAUGUUGUUAAGCUAUCAAAUGCAGUGAAACAAAAAAAUUUUUGCAGCCAAAUAAAAAUUAGCUUGAAUCUGAAGGUAAUUACUUUUUAAAUAUACAAAAAAAUAAAUAUAAUAUUUUUUUUAGUUUGCUUAA